GACCUUUUUCUGCAAAGGUCAUUAUUAACCUUGAUAUGAUGCAUUAUCUUAAUAUUAGUCACUUCUGCAGGCUUUUUAUGGGCUUGACUUGCAUAAAUUUGAUUAUGUUGUGAGUUUGUUAAGCUUAAUUCAUGUGUGACACCCCCAGCUUUUACGUACAUGGAUCCACACAUGCACACACUGAACUGAGCUGGAGAAACCAUGUGAAAGAUAAAUACAGAGCACUGUUAUGAAGAAUCUACAGACUCUACAUUUGUUGCCAAUUUUGGCUCUGGCAAGUUUGUUCGUCGAGAUAAGCGGGUCCAUCUCUCUUCACCCAGUGCUGACUGGUCCUGACAAGGCCUUCCUCGGCUCAAGGGUGGCUUUCCGGUGUAUCGCGCCUGACUCUUCUCUGCCAGUUGCCUACGAGCUGAUGAGGGACAGUGGUGUCCUGUUCGCCACUGCUCUCGAAAGUGACCAACCUGCACCAUUCUUCCUGAAGGUCACUGCAACAUCAGAGGGGUCUUACCAAUGCAGGGCAACGGCAGGAGGAAGGACAGGAGUCAGCAACAGCGUCAAGCUGAGUGUAGUUAUUCCAGUAUCGCACCCCAGAGUGACUUCUGAACCCUUCCCCGCAGUCGUGUACGAGGGGUCACCCUUAGUAUUGAGCUGCAACGUGGCAAAGGGAUCCCACCUUUCCUACACCUGGUUUUUUAACAAGAAGGAAGUUACAGCUUCAACCUCUCCCUUCCUCCGCCUCAACGGCAACAAGUUAGUGAUGGAGAAGGCGACUCCAGAGCAUGCUGGGUCCUAUUAUUGCAUGGCUUGGUCCAGUGUGCAGGACAUCAAGAGGUUUUCCAGCAGCACAGACUUCCAGGUGACAGUUAAAGUCUAUGUUUCAAAACCAAGGCUCUCUUUCUCCAUCUCCAAAGAGGGAGGCAGUUACUGUGGCAACGUGACCUGCUGGACAACAAGAGGGAGUCCUCCAGUCAACUUCUCUCUUUUACUAGAUGACAAAGAAGUGGGAUCUGUCACGGCAACUGAAUCCCUCGCCGCCUGGUUCCCCGUUGCCAUGGUGCCAGGGCUGGACAUGGGCGUGGCUCGAUGUAGGGUGAAUUCUGAGGUGCAGGAGUUGAUGAGUGAGCCCGUGACUCUGGUAGUGGUCCCAGUGAGAGGUGAUGUGGAAGUGGAGGUUGAAUAUCUCUUCAGAGCUGACUCCAAAAUGGCUGCAGCUCGGCUGAGCUGUCAGAUCGGCAGAGGAACUUUCCCUCACGUCUCCUGGCUCUUGAACGACUCAGUCCUUCCCUCUGAGACAUAUGUGGACUCCCACAUUCAGCCCGUCCUGUCUCACUAUGCCCUGACCGACCAUAGAAGAACCCUCUUUCUGACCAAGCUUGGCCCGGAGGAGUCUGGGUAUUACCGCUGCCGGGUCAGGGACAGCUACGAUGAGUCUGGGCCAUGGGUGGAGAGUGCAGCUGUUCUGGUCCGGGUCACAGACAGGACCCUUAACUCCAUGCCUCGAGCAACAUCUUCCACUGAAACGACACCAAGGGUUCUCACUACCACCACAGAGGUCAUUACCAUAGCGUUCUGCUGCUUCCUCCUUCUGUCGCUGGCAGUGGGUGUAGGCUGUGUGUACAAGAUGUUUGACCGCGAGCGAGCUCACGCCCACAUUGCUCCAACAAAUCCCAGUUAUGAAGCACUUCCUCUGCCUGGGCCCACACCCGUGUCAGGAGGGAAGCAGGCUGAUGCUUCCUCUGCAGACUGCGAUGUUCAGAGUCAGACUGUAGAGGUCACAGUAUGACACAGGAGGAACCUGCACCUCUCAUCAAAUUGCUUUAUUCUAAAUCUGCAGCUGUUUUUUGUUUUUAUUACUUUUCCUGAGCUUCCAAGUUGCUUAUAAGAAACUGGUGGAACAUUAAGUUGAAACAAUCAAGCAAAACUGAUGUAUACUGUCAUGUUUUUUUUAAAUAAAAAUUCUAAUUUCAAAUGA